UUUACAUAUGACGGCAUCGGCGGGACCUUCUCUCUCCUCCGUUUUAACCCUUCUUCCAACCGUACCCUCCCCGAUCUCCAAACGUACCGUGCCCUUCCGCCAUGUUUAGCCUCGUCAACUGCUCCAAUUGCCGCACGCCGCUGCAACUGCCGCCUGGGGCGAGGUCGAUCCGCUGCGCCAUAUGCCAGGCCGUCACUCAGAUCGUCGAUCCUCGCGCGGCUCCUCCUCCACCGCCGGCGGCUUCAUCCGGUCAACACCACCCGGCGCCUCCGGCUCCUUCUCCUUACAACCACGCGCCACCUGGUCCUCCGCCGCCGGCCCACGGGAGGAAGAAGGCCGUGAUCUGCGGAAUAUCUUAUCGGUACUCGAGGCACGAGCUCAAGGGCUGCAUCAACGACGCCAAGUGCAUGAGAUAUCUCUUGAUCAACAAGUUUCAUUUCCCUGAGUCUUCGAUUCUCAUGCUCACCGAAGAAGAAACUGAUCCCUUCAGGAUUCCAACCAAGCAAAACAUGAGGAUGGCGUUAUAUUGGCUUGUACAGGGCUGCCAACCAGGAGAUUCAUUGCUAUUUCACUAUUCUGGUCAUGGUUCAAGGCAAAGGAAUUAUAGUGGUGAUGAAGUUGAUGGUUAUGAUGAAACAUUGUGCCCCCUUGACUUCGAAACUCAGGGUAUGAUUGUUGAUGAUGAAAUCAAUGCAACAAUUGUCAAGCCUCUUCCUUAUGGUGUUAAGCUUCAUGCUAUAAUAGAUGCUUGCCACAGUGGCACUGUGUUAGAUUUACCAUUCCUUUGCAGAAUGAACAGGAGUGGGCAGUAUACCUGGGAGGACCAUCGCCCACGAUCAGGUGUUUGGAAAGGAACAAAUGGUGGUGAAGUUAUAUCCUUCAGUGGCUGUGAUGAUGACCAAACCUCUGCUGAUACUUCUGCUCUAUCUAAAGUUACUUCAACAGGGGCAAUGACUUUCUGUUUCAUCCAAGCCUUUGAGCGUGGGCAUGGGACAACAUAUGGAAGCAUACUAAAUUCUAUGCGCUCUGCCAUCCAAAGUGUUGGAAAUGACAGUGCGAUCGGGGGUGGUGCUGUAACAUCCCUCCUCACCAUGCUUCUGACAGGUGGCAGCGCUACUGGCGGAUUGAGACAGGAGCCACAGUUAACUGCCUGCCAGCCAUUCGAUAUUUACACACAGCCGUUCUCAUUGUGAUUUCUCUAAAUCAGGCUUAAUGAAUGCCCAUAACUACAGAUUAGUCUAUAAAGCAGAAGACUUUUUUUUUUUGGGGGGGGGGGUGGGGGGUGGGGGUGGGGGGGAGAUGGUUAUUCACAUGUUCCAAUGUGUAAUAUUGUAGUAUUGGAAACAUAUUCAUGUUCAUAAAAUUUAUGCCUGUUUCCGAGGGGUUCUCUCAAGCUGAAAUGUGUUGCAAGAUGGAUGUUUUAUGGAACACAUUCUGUUGGAUUUGGAUAUUGCAAUUUUAACUUCGGAAAUUGAAUUAUUUACAAUCUCCAUUCA